AUGAGCGGUGGGAGCGUAAGCGCCGUGUUCUACGCGGACAAGUACCACCCGAUCCAGGCCGGCAGCAUCGACGGCACGGACGUCGCGCCCCACGACAACGCCGUCCUCCGCGCCCUCAUCUGCUCCCAGGCCGGCCUCUACGACCCUUUCGGCGACCCCAAGACCUCCGGUGACCCCUACUGCACGGUCUUCGUCGGCCGUCUCUCGCGGCAGACCGACGACGACACGCUUCGGAAGGCGAUGAGCAGGUACGGGAGGGUGAAGAGCAUGCGGCUGGUGCGUGACAUUGUUACAGGUGCUUCUCGUGGUUAUGCAUUUGUUGAGUAUGAAACUGACAGAGAGAUGCAUCGUGCCUAUGAGGAUGCGCACCAUUCAAUUAUUGACGGCAGUGAAGUGAUUGUUGAUUACUACAGGCAACAGCUUAUGCCUGGGUGGAUACCAAGGAGGCUAGGAGGGGGGCUUGGAGGAAUGAAAGAAUCUGGACAGCUUCGCUUUGGAGGUCGAGAGAGGCCAUUUCGUGCUCCUUUGCGACCUAUUCCUUAUGAUGAACUGAAGAAGCUUGGGAUCCCACCACCACCUGAAGGGCGAUAUAUGACACGUUAUCAGGUUCCACCACCACCAAGGCGGAAGAGUAGCAAGGUUGACAUUGAAGAUUCACCUCCUAGGAGAAGAUCCAAGGACAGAGCUGGGGUUAGUACCUACAGAAGGCAAAUAAGUUCUACUGACGAUGAUGAAACCCCUCGUAGGAGGAAAAGCAGCCAUGACGGGCUAGAAGAAUCACAAAGCCGGAGGAGCGCAAGAUCAUCCAUUACCAGGGAGGACAACAGGUACAGCAGUCAGAGGAAGUCCAAGGGACAUGACGAAGGUUAUCGCAAGCGCCGACGAAGCCAAGAAGUGGGAGAAGUAUCUCCACCAGAGGAAGAUGGUAGCUAUGAAAGGGAGAGAACUUCAGACAAACCUGGUCGCAGCACUGAUCGGUACCAUCACCAUCGGCAUCACAGGGAGGAUACAUAUGAGAGCAGAUACUCACACCACAGGGAUCAUCGCAAGUGCAGACGAAGCCAAGAACUGGGCGAAUUAUCUCCACCAGAGGAAGACAGUGGCUAUGAAAGGGAGAGAACUUCAGACGAACCUGGUCGCAGCCCUGAUCGGUACCAUCACCAUCGGCAUCACAGGGAGGAUACAUAUGAGAGCAGACACUCUCACCACAGGGAUCGCCGACGCCAUGGUGACCGGCAUCACUCCAAGAGAAGCGAGAGCCGAGAUUACAGGGACUAG